AUGUCCUCGGAGGCGCAGGAGAUUGGGCGCGAUCCGGACGCCUGCCGAUGGAAAACCUCAUCUUCGUCGCUGCGUACACGUCCUCUGUCACCGUUACUGUCACCACCACAUCGCGAUAUUCUCACCACUUCGCUCUCUCACUGCGACAUUGUUGUCGCCGUGGGAGAUUUUCACUACUUCCGACUGAUUUUCCCUCAAAUUACGAAGGGACGAGGCGACCAGGAAGUCCUCCAAAUCGUCCCAGAGGAUGUAGCCCAAGACCUCGAUCUCAUUGAAGAAUUUGACCGCAUUAGUUACGGCCUACGCGGUUCUGGGGUGUAA